CGGGUGCUUCAAUUCAAUCGCACAAAUAUAGCAACAUUGAAGGGGUGGCUUGCUUGGCAGUUGUUUUUGAUUUAAUUAAAUUAAACCCCUGCUUGGUUUCUUUUCCAAAAUAUACAUCAUGCUGAACUUUCAAUUUCGUUCUCGUGCGACAAACUAUUUCACUAUAUAUACACACUCGUUUUUCUGCACACACUUGUUUUAUUGCAUUUUAUUAUUUGGGUUUCGGAGCUGCUGCUUUUUGUAUCUGAGCUGACCGCGUCUCACUGAUGAAAAUGAAUGUUUUUUAAAGUAGGAAAUGGAAAACAAAAAAGAGACAGGGAAUGCACCAAUGGUUGAGCGAUUAUUUUUGGAAUUUAUUAAGGUAUUGCAAAGCAGAAUAUUACUAUAGUUGAAGUUUAUAUUUAUUAUAUUCUUUCACUAUAAAUUUUUAACACUUUUAAAUUUUUUUAUGUCUAUCUGACGCCUAGUUGUGGAUUAAAAUGCUUGACCCAAAAUAGUAUGUCGAUAGCUAAAUGUAAUAAAUCACAAGAUACAAGAAAACUGUUAAAAAUCUGCCUUUUCUUAGAGAUUUCGCUAAACCUAACGGGAGAAACAAAUUUUGGAUACUUUCGAGAAGUUUAUUUUUAUUAUAUUCUUCUUAAAACAAGAUUUUUUUAAAUUUUUAUGUGCCACUGAUAUAAAAAUGUAUCUAUUAAGUGAAAUGCUUGACCCAAAAGACCGGUAUGUCAAGACCUAAAUGUAAUAAAUCACAACCUACAAAAGGGUUAAAAAUCUGCCCUUUUAUAGAGAUUGCGCAUUGCUAAGCCGCACCCAAUGACUGAAUGACAAAGAUCCCGAGAUUAAGCGAACCAGUUUAGCACGCUGACCCAUUUUAAACUGGGCAGUUAAAAUUGAUUACCAACGAUAUGAAAAUAAGUUGAUUGAACUUGGCCAUUACCAAGAACCUUUCUUCAGAUCUCUUAUCUUAGUAGAAGACUCUGGUAUAAAAGAAGCUGGCAAAAAUUAAGAAUCAACAGUCGGCUAACAUGAAUCGCAGAGUGCAAGUAUUGGUGAUCUUGGGACUGAUUUGCUGCAGCCAGGCACGUAUUCCCAACCUGCGUCGGGUUGUUGGAUCUGCUCGAAGUGGCUUAGAUGUGGAUGUGGAGGAGCCGAUUGGCCCUCAAAUUCUAAUCUAUUCACCUGGCGAUGCCAUGGCUAGAUCCGAUGACCAGGAGCCCAUCUUCCAGGAGCCGCAGAUCAGGGAGGAAGUAGCGGAAUCCGAACCGGAUAAGGACAGUCGUAAAGUGCCCGAUUAUCUCUACUCAAAUGCCAUUCCCAUGGUCAACGAUCAGAAUGUGAAGUACGUUGUACCUCAGGUGGCUGCCUAUCCCGUGGCCUAUGGCCCUCAACUGAUCUCCAGCAAGAAUGGAAUCAACCAAGGAAACCAAGGUAAUGGUCUUUCCUACGUGGUUGUCCCACGUGUCCAAUUGGGUUUCAAUGUUCAAGGUCAGUCGGGUUUCAAUUGGCCUGGGCUCAAUCUGUUGCCCACAAAUCCGGGUAGUGAAUCGGCAGCCGCCGAGAAGGAGGAGCCCCAGCCACCCACUACCUACAUUCCGAUUCCCGUGCCCGGUCCUCCUGGUCCACCCGGUCCACCUGGACCACGUGGACUUACUGGUCCCGCUGGUCCUCGGGGUCCUCGAGGUCCUGCCGGUGAAUCGGGCCAUAUAUCAGCUCAGAAACCUCAGAGCAUUUGGUACACCCAAACCGGCAGCAGUAAUAACAAUAAUAACAAUAAGCCCCAGUACAACCAACCCUUUUCCGGUGGCUAUCAAAGUUAA